UCUCGGGCCAUCAUCAUGAGACCUGCCCCCACCGAGCUGUGGACCUCCUGUGCUGUUCUUCCCGUAUCCAUGUGAGGACACGAUUUCUGUUUCUUGCUCCAGAAACUCGGUGGCACGGCGCGCAGCAGUGUGCCAAAACCUCCCACGAUUUCAUGCGGCAUCUACGAAGGCUGUAGGGGCCGGACCGACGGACGUAUGCCUGGCUGGCCGGUCGCCACAAGUUGCCAAUAGUUUUUGUGCAAAAAGGUAUGUAGGCAAGCCAUAGUUUAUGUGGCGAGCAAAAGGCGGCAUUUGACGUCGUAGCUGGUACGUCGAUGACAUGUGGGGUAUGCUGGCAACGAAACGCAGGGCAGACACGAGUUCGUUAAAGAUUGAGAGGCACUAACACAAUAAUAAAACAAAAUCUGCAAUCUGUGGGAAGAAAUCGAGACGCUCGUUACCCGCUGCCUUCAUCACAUAUACGUAUAUAUACAUGUUUCAGUCGCUGGUCACUGGACUGCCAUAUGCAUGAUUGCACACUGCACCGUGCGCACCAGCUUCCAGCCAUGUCGCCGUUUGCGCCUCCCUACAAUGCCAACGUCCUCCUGGCCGCGGUGACCGCGCUCUCCGCGGCGAUCGCCUUCGUCGCCGCGCUCCACCUCUACGCCCGGUGCUUCCUGCAGCGACGUGCCGCCGCCACCUCCACCGCCACCGCGGGGAGCAACGCUCACGCGCUGGCUUUGGCGCUGGCGGUGCAGCGGCCGCCGGACGGCUACGAGCUCGAGGUGAUCACCGUCGACGCCGCGUGCGCGCCGGAGCCCGCGGGGCUGGGCGCCAAGGAGCUCGGCGCGCUGCCGGUGCUCGUGUGGGAGUCUACUUCUGCCAAGGUGGCAGCGGCCGCCAUCGCCGAGCAUUGUGCGGUGUGCCUCGGGGAGCUGGAGGACGGCGAGCUGGGGAGGAUGCUCCCGGCGUGCAGCCAUGCGUUCCACGUCGGGUGCAUCGACGCGUGGCUCCGGCUGAGCUCCACGUGCCCGGUCUGCAGGUCGGCGGUGAGGACGGAUGAGGAUGGGGAGGCGCCGGUGGACCGAGUGGCCACGCUGAGCUAGCUAGAGCCGCCGAGUACAGUCUACAUGGGUAAACUAUAGGCGGCUGGCACGGUGUUUCUGGUCUUUCUGUUUUGUCUUGUUAAAGUUACUCCCUCUACCUAAAUAAUUAUAAUUGAAGAUCA